GAAAUUCCAGAACAGAAAGUAGAAACCAUUGCGAAUCAGAACAGGAAAACAAGUCUUUAGGCAACUUGGAAAAGGGAAACCAAAAACUUGCGCGUUAAAUUUCAGUAUAUCAAAGGGAAACAACCAUGAUUCUACCGGCAAUUUCAUCUUCUUCUCCAGCGAUUACAGUUCGUAUUCCUUGUCGUUUAACUAUUGGUUUUCUUUCUCGGAGAAAGAAAAUGGCCGUAUCUCAAUUCUCAUCUUCUUCACCAUCAACCUUAAUCUCAUGCUCAUCUGCAUCCACAACCACAAGCACAACGACGGCAACUGAUGGUAAACCUAAACCAUGGUUAUUCGUUGGUCUUGGCAACCCUGGAAAGUUAUAUAACGGAACCAGACAUAAUGUGGGAUUUGAGUUGGUAGAUGCUAUAGCUGAAGCUGAAGGAAUAUCAAUGAGUAGUGUUUCGUUUAAAGCUCUAUCUGGAAAAGGUAUUCUACAAACUCUACUUGGUUUUCUCGGUGUUUCGUUUAAAGCUCAAUUUGGAGAAGGCCAUAUAGGAGAUGUUCCUGUUAUGCUUGCAAAACCACAAACUUUCAUGAAUUUGAGUGGUCAAUCGGUUGGUUCCAUCGUUUCAUAUUACAAGAUACCGUUGAAGCAAGUAGUUGUGAUAUUUGAUGACAUGGAUUUGCCUUUCGGAGCAUUACGUUUAUUGCCGAAAGGUGGACAUGGAGGGCACAAUGGGAUGAGAAGUGUCAUUGACCAUUUCAAGGGUAGCCGUGAUUUUCCACGGUUGAGAAUAGGAAUUGGACGACCUACUGGCAAAAUGGAUGGUGCAUCGUUUGUUCUUCGACCUUUCAAUAAACAAGAGCGCGAAGAGCUGGAUUUCACUUUCCAAAAUGGAUACGACGCGUUAAGGAUACUUUUGCUUGAGGGAUUUGAUAAAAGUGCUACAUUUACUAAUUCUGCAUCAAAGUCGGAAUCAAAGUCGAUGAAACAGCUUGGUUAAAAUGUUAAAGUAUUGAUAAAUUAUUUAGAUAAGCAGGACCUUAUGACCCUUGAAGAAAGAAGAUUGGUUGUUAUUUGAAAUGGUUAUCUGAUGCAGAAGACCAGGGUUUUGCCAGAGCCUGGGGAAGAGUUUCAGAUUCUUGAGGUGAGGAAGCAUCUAAAGUUGAAUGAUCCAACUUUGUCAGCUAAAUUUCUCCAAUAGCGGAUCGUAUUGAAUUGCCCGAUUAUUUGUCUCGGAUGUAUGUAUCUCAUUUUUUAUGUGAAGUCAGUGUUGCCUAUCCCAAGUACUUAAUUUUCUCUUCACAUCACAUCCCUGGAUAUAUAACUGUGGAAUUUUUUUCUAAUGAGUACCAGAGUAAUGUUUCGAUUGUGAGCA